CCACUCCUCCGCUAGCAUCAUAGACUGUAAGGUUAGCAUCCUGUUAGCAUUUAGCUAACCGUUAGUAGUGUUUACGCGAUAUCGAAAGAUGGCUGGAGACCUGAAAGGCUUGGCGCUGGAGAAAGCCGAGCUGCUUUCCACCCAUUUGAGGGAGGCCCUGUCGCUGGGUAAUGAAUAUGUUCGGGCCCAGUUCGGAAUAGAUUUGGACCUGAAGCCUGAGCAGUACCCGACGUGGGUCAUCCUGUCCACGGCCGCUGUGGGGGUGCUGGUGUUACUCAGCCUGUCCUGGGCCGCUCUCUGUGGCCGGCUGCUGGUCAGGAAACAGCGGGGAUCCCCGAUCACCCAGGGCGGCGCUGAGCCCGACAAGGCCAGUGUGGCUAAACCUGCCAAACCAGAGGAGCAGAAGAAGAAGAACAAGAAGAAAACACCUGAAAAGAGGACUCAAUCCAAUGGACAACCAGUGACUGGAGCCCAGGAGGAAGUUAAAGUGGCUGAGCCCGUUUCUAAGCCCGCCCCGCUGAUCAAAACCGAGAAGGUUCAAGUGGUACUGGCUCCAGCUCAGGUGAAAAAGAACAAAAAGAAAACUAAGGCGGAUGUGAAACCAGUCCAGCAUGUGUCUACGACUGUUGGAAAGGAGCCUGAUGAUGGUGCAUGGGAGACCAAAGUCAGUAACCGAGAAAAGAAGCAGCAGCGAAGGAAGGACAAGGGCCCAGAGGACUCUGGUAGCCCUGGAGGGGUGGAUGCCUUGAAGACCAAUGUGGAGGCCCCUGUAGCAACAGCACCUACCAACACCAAGAAGAGCAAAGGACACAACGAGUCAUUGCAUUCAAGAACAACUGGAAAAGGGGAUGCACCCAGUGGAGCUGUGCCUUCAAGCUGGAGAGAGGAGCCUUCAGUGAAUGGCGGAGGUUGGACUGACAUUUCUUUGAUCCCAGGUCAGAUGGGUGCGAUGGAGGGAGCCAAGUGGAGCGCCAUCCCAGCGACUACACUCUACAGAGCCCCACCUAAGCGCCAGUCCUGGGCCCAGGAGACCCAAGCAGCAUGGAGUGGCAUCGAUGGCCGGAUGAAGACUGACCUCAACCCUGUGACCUUUUCCAUGCUGGGACGAAACACCACAGACCCAAUAUCAAAUUCAAUUGAGCUUCAGUGGGCAAGCAGCCCAGAUGUUGACGAUGAAUGGUCUGGAUCCAAUGGGACUGCAUCAGCGGACCCCAGCUCUGACUGGAAUGCUCCAGCCGAGCAUUGGGGAAACUACGAGGAGCCUCCUGUGUUGCUGACAUCAGCACCUCCACCAAAGGAACAGCCUGUCUCACACAAGGUAUCGGAGGAUGAGAAGGAUGCUGAGGACCCCUCUGACGGGGCAGCCAAGUCAAAGAAGAAGAGGAAAAAGAAGAAGAAAACCGAGGAGGAGUCUGCCCCUGAGGCCCAGACGCUAAGCACAGCGCCCCUGGUCGAUACAGUGGUGAAACCCCAAGAGCUGCCUGUGCUGGCUUCUAAGAAGCAAAAUCCAAGCAUAUCCUCCUCUCAGAAGAAGUCUGAGCCGACUGUGGAGCCUCCGAAGCCCUCCCAGAAGAAGAAGGCCCGAAGGGAAACAUGAAGUCUCAUGACAGGUCCAGACAGAGCAUAUGCAAAUGAUUGUUAACUGUGUCACAUGCAAUAACUACCAGGUACAGAGCGUCUUUCAGAGAUACAUCAACAGUUUAUCAGUUCAUGAAACAAAGAGAAAACAAGCAGUGGAUAAUAUCUGCUUGACUUAACAAAGAGAUGAAAUGUGGUCCUAUGGACUGAAAACUUAACUAAUUUGCACUAUUUGCUACUCUGCAACCAGGUUGGAGUUUAGGGGAAGUGGUGGCAGUGAAGGUACAUGUUCAUUCAAUAAAUAUUAUUUUUAUCACAAGUGUUUUUUUCCACCCAUUGUUUAACUUGUGGUAUUAUAAGUUUAACUGUGGUAAACCUGAAAAUCCAUCACGGUUUUUUUUUCUACUAUGAAAAUAAAUGCCACAAGAAAAACAAACAUAUUUAUUCCCCAGACAAAUGCACUCUGUAUUUUCCCCACAUGCCCAUAAGACCACAAAUAUUAACGAUUGAAUUAGGUUAGCGUAAGCUACAUUUUACGGCUGGUCUUGAAAAGAAUUGGUUCUGAUUUUUUUCUAAUCUAUCUCAGUACAGAAUCACAAGCCUGCACUUAACAUCUUCGGAAAAUGGGCUUAAAAUAGUCCAAAUGCAUUCAUGAUAAACUUAAGAGCUCAUCAAGCAUCCAGAAAGAAUCUGAGUAAAAAUGAACUUUUCUCCUACAGAUCAAACGCAGCUCAUUUUUCUGUUGAGACUAUUCAUUUUAACUUUGUAGACACGACGCAUGUCAUUUUGAUCAGCUUCUUUCUGGCUCCACACAAAGUAAUGACACAUUGACUAUUAGCAUUGUUCACCCCUUUAUAAAAUGUUUGAGCCACCUGUGUAAGAAUCUUAGGUGGAAAUAGAGGCCCCCUUUUUUUAAAUUAUUACUUUCAGAUGGUAAAAAUAGUGAUAGCUUACAAAGUGCUUUGUUAUCCAUAUUAUAGUAAGCAGGUAGAAUACACAAUGCAUUGAUUAGAAAACUGAACUUGCUCAGCAGAAGCUCGAUAACCACAGCCAAUAUUAGACAUCAAUGAUGAGUACUAAAUUCCUACAGCGAAAAAAUAAAUGUCAGUAACACUCGUCUUUAACCAUUCUUACACAUUGCUCUUGCUUGCUUGAAAUAGCUGAAUAGCUGCUGUGUGACUGUUCUUAUGAUUGGCUUGUGGAAUCAGUUUAAAUCUCAUAAUUAAUGUUCAAGAAUGACAAUGCCCAGGUCAAACCCAACGUGAGGAAACGUUUCAGAAACUUAAAUGUCAAUAUUUCAAAAGUAGUUUGAAGCCUAUUUCUGAGAUCUUUAAAUGUUAAUUAUUGUAUAUGAAGACCCCCCCGCUGCCCCCCCCCACACACACACACACACACACACACACACACACACACACACACACACACACUUUUUCCAUCCACAAAGUGCAACUACAAUGACGGAAACAGGUCGCAAAAAUCUGCAGUGUUAGCCAAAUCCAUCACUUUUUUUGUGUCCCCACACACGUCUUAGUCUCAUACAUAGUUUUGUUGCCAUAUCAAAACCAUAAAAAUAAAUCAACAUUUCACCCCACAAAACAAAGACAGGCUCUUGAAAAUGAUAUCCCUGACUGCUGAAGCCUUGUAUUCAAUUUUGAACAUUGUAAAUUGAUUUAAUGCCCUAUUUAUUACAUUUACAGUGUAAUCAUUUUACUACAGAAUCACCAUAAAGUUAGUUUGGGAAACAUAAAUGAUCAACAGUGACCUUUAACUUUAUCAGAAUACAAAAGAAAUGUGAACUUCAUCCGUUACCUAUCCGUAGUGGCAGCUGUUGUCAUGGUGAAUUCUAAUUAAAUCAGAACAGCGCAGUUUGAAGUGUCCUGAAGACAGAAUCUUCUCAGUCUUUUUCCUACAGUUUAAACCACCACUUGACUGUCCAUUCGGUGAUGGGUUGUUCCAAAGAGUUGUAGUUUUGACCAAAUAUUGUUAAAUGCACUGCAGUCUGAGGGUCAGAGCCGGCUUGAAAACACUCAAGAAGUGUUUUUUAGAAAGUUUGUUAAAAUUAUGAAGUCACUUCGGAGCACACCAACAGCUGAAAAGACACAAUUCCGUCUGAUAUCUAAUUCCAAGAUGUCCAUAUUUAAGUUUGAAAUGUGGGCCAUUGUGAACAGAUUCUGGCUUUACUUUGGGGACUGUUGCUAACGGCUAUGUAGAGAGCACAGUAUCUAGUAUGAACCACCAGGGGGCACUGUAACGUGAAGUAAAGAUGGAGUGGGUUAAUCCCAUAAAUCAGUAGCACUGAUCUUUUGUCUCUCCACUUUUAUCAUUCUGAGUGCAUCUGUUUUUACCUGACUAAACUGUGCGUUGAUUUUCUAGAGACUUAACUGUCCCUUUUUUUUGCAAUCUAUGAAUUGUAUUUUUUUUUUUUUUUAACAGCAUUUUCUUCCAGUUUCUGUGCUAGAAAAGCCAUGCCAUAUGUACAGAUUGUAAGGGCUUUUUCCAGUUCUGUGAUUGCACUGUGCAAAAGGCAGCAAGGAGUUCCUUUUUGAUGUCAAUGACUUGUUUUGUACUACCUUUUUUUUGGAAUGUGAAAUGUGUAACUUUUUGAGGUUUGCACCUGAGUUCCAGACUUUAUGAUUUCGGGGCGGGGGGGGAUGUUUGGGGUUAACAAUGAAAACAUAGAAAUAUGAUAAGGAGCAGCUUUAAUUUUACAUCAGAGUUGGUUUAAAACAAGACACACACAUACACGAUUACACAUAUUUAACAUAUAUUAAACGGAAUCUAAUUCCAUUGCCUUAACCUGUAGUUGUAUAGAAAGUACAUUGGCAUCUUUUUUUUUUUUUUUUAGAGUUUCCAUCCAGUUGCAAGUUUUGAUGUCAGAAAGUAAUUUCAUCUUGCAUGUCUUUGAUAAUAGUACUUGUGUACAUGAAAUAAGAACGAUCUCUUGCUUUAUCUGUAAGUACUUGUUCCUGGAGUACAACUUAGUGUAUAUACUGUACUAGCUUUUUAAUGAGACAAACUGCAGCUCUUUCUGUGCGCCUCGGAUGGAGCGGACAGUAACAGGAUUGUGUUUUUAGGCAAAGAGUCUUAGAGCAUCAACAUGUUGAUCAGAUGGUAUUGAUACAUAGUGUUUGGUAGACCUGAUAGAACAAAAUGAUAUGUCGCUGUGGCUUCAGGCAACCUUUUUUUUGUUUUUGUUAAAUUUUUACUGAUGAUUAAAAUCCAAUCUAUGUAUUUAUAUACUUGUCUCUAGAAAGCAGUUAUGUGAAUGAUUUUGUUUAUUGAGAAGAUAUAAAUAAAAUUUCUAUGUUUGUUUGGUAAAGAUGAAAAAUAAAUAAGAAUUGCUUGAUAUCAA